AUUUUUUCCUUUUCAUUCCCUUUACACACACAUACACACACAUAUAUGUAUAUAUAUAUAAAUAUACUAUCUUUUUCUUUUGAGCAAAUACUUUUACUUCUUGAAUAUUCCCUUAGCAAAUUCAUCUUCUUUUGCGUUUUUUUCUGAUCAUAUGGAGAAUUACCAUAUGCUUCUUUCUUCUUCAACUCCACCAUCGGUAGUCUCUCCUGCUUCUUCAGCUAUAUUGAACAUGGAAAACAAUGGUCGUAUGUUUACUCAUUUUCUUGGGAAUAAUAAUACUACAGAUCAGAUGGGAGUGAGAGAAUCUAAAUUUGAUCUUCAUCAUCAGCAUCAUCAUCAUAUGAUUCAAGAAGAUCAUGUGGAUGCUAAUAACAAGUUGGAAAGUGGAAGCUCUGGUCGUCCUUCGAGCAAGACGAAAUCGUCAUCGGGAAAGAAAGAAUUAAGUGAUAAGAUGAUGAUGAAGAAGCACAAAUAUGCAUUUCAAACAAGGAGUCAGGUUGAUAUACUUGAUGAUGGGUAUCGAUGGAGAAAAUAUGGGCAGAAAACUGUGAAGAACAGCAAUUUCCCUAGAAGUUAUUACAGGUGUACUCAUCGAGGAUGCAAUGUCAAGAAGCAAAUCCAGCGACUUUCAAAAGAUGAAGAGGUUGUAGUGACAACAUAUGAAGGAAUUCAUACACAUCCGAUUGAGAAGUCUGCUGAGAAUUUCGAUGAAAUAUUGAAGCAAAUGCAAACAUAUGCUACUUUCUGAAGUAAUAUAUUAAUUCAGUAUCACAAAACUUGGAGGAUGAUAAUCACUUUGCUUUAUAGAUGGAAAUGGAUGAAACUACAUACAAUAUUUAUAUUGUAUACUUUGAAGAAAUGAUAAUAUAGAAAUUUUGUCAUUUUGGCCUUUACAGUUAUAUAUCAUAGAGCUCCAGAAUAUUUUCUGAUCUGGAGAAGGUUGAAAA